CUUCUUCUACUCAAGCUUUCUCUCUUCUUGUUCUUCUGUUCUCUGAAAACAGAUUCAAAAAGUCACUGUAAAGGCACUGUCCGUUAAAAAUCGGUGGUGAUUCGGAAGAUUUAUUCGUUUUCCUUUUUCCUGGUAAAGCUCUUUACAACUGAAGUUCCUUUUCCUUUUGGUUCAUGGUCUUUCUCCUUCCACCAUAUCCCUAUUCUUCUUUAGGCUUAUGUUCUCUGGGCUUUUUCCAUUUUCUCCUUUUUAGAGUGUAACUUUCAUUGAAAUUUCUCCUUCUUUAAUGACUUCUCUCCGUUUUAAGCUUCUCUUUAAAGUGUGCUCUCUUCAUCAGCUUUCUCUUUAGCCCUCUUUAUUCUCCUCGUGUCUUGCCUCAAAGGAAUCCGUCACUCCCUUUUUCCACUAUUUUGCGCCUCCUCAUCCAGCCGCUCACUUCACUUUCAAUGCGAAUCUGAAAAAUUAAUCAUCCAUGGAUCGUAGUAUUAUCCCUUCAAUCAUAUACUCUGAACAUUUUAACCACACCAAACUUCUGGCUCCUUGCUCAACAAAAUCUCCAGAAAUGAAGCCCCGACUUGUGAGGAUUUCAGUCACUGAUGGUGACGCAACGGACUCCUCUAGUGACGAGGAAUGUGAGCUUCACACGCGACCUCGGGUCAAGAAGUUUAUCAACGAGAUUACCAUAGAGUCUUGUUCCAACGAAAACGACGCCGUUUGGAGGGGCAAAUCAAGGAUUGCAAGGAAAAAAUCAUCUGUGAAAGUUGGAGUUCGGGCGAACCUUAAGCCGGCCAUGAAGCAACCGGUUGGUAAGAAGUUUAGAGGUGUACGACAGAGACCCUGGGGAAAAUGGGCGGCUGAGAUUAGGGAUCCUCUGCGACGUGUACGGCUGUGGUUAGGUACUUAUGAUACUGCUGAAGAGGCAGCCAUGGUUUAUGACAACGCGGCCAUUCAACUGCGUGGACCUGACGCCCUCACCAACUUCACUACACCUCCUCAGAAACUUCCGCCGCAAACUAAGAAGGCUGUUAGCUCCGGCUAUAACUCCGGUGAAGAGUCUCACAACAACAUUACCAAACUCGACUCUCCUGUCUCUGUCCUCCGCUGUCCCUCGCCUUCUAACGAAGAAGCCGAGUCAGAAAGAAGCAAAGAAACGCGAGAUGUCGCGAGUGAAGCAACAAAUAUCCGAGAAGAAUCGCCUGCGUCGGAAAGUUUCUCGGAAUUCACAGAUUAUUCGACGUUCGAUACAUUGUUCAGUAACAAUGUUUUCGAUUUUAACACCUCCGUACCUGAUUUAUUUGACGAGGACAGUGUAAAAGCUGGUUUUUACCAGUUUGAUUUCGAUAAGAUGUUUUUAGAUUCUGACCCGGAUUUCGGGUUCCGACUUCCGAGUUGGCGAGCUGAUGACCAUUUUCAAGAUAUUGGUGACUUAUUCUCUUCCGAUCCUCUUAUCGCUGCUAUUUGAAGUUCUGUGUAAAACCGAAUCUGUUCAUUGCGAAUGCCGGUUUUUCGGCAAGUUUUGUCAUCGGCGGGAACUGAAAAAGUCGGAUGUGUUUGUUAUUUAUUUAUUUAUUUUUGUUUUCAAUUUUGUUUUGUAUUUUGUUAUUUUAUAAUAAUAUAUAUUAACUCCGUCAAAGUAACGGUGACGGAUGAGUUUGGCUAAA